GUAUUAGAAAGUGGGGGAGUGGCGUUGUGGGACGUCUUAUAUAAAAUAAUCGAAUCAAAUGGUUUAUUAGAGUAUCAAGGAACUUUCGUUCAUUCGUUAACAGGCUCCGGUUUAGAAAGAAGAAAAAAAUGGAGGUUUGGUUUCUUUUGGGUCUUGUCAUUCACUUUGGCAAAGCAACUCCAUUAGGUUCCGAAAUUGGAAUGCGGAUGAAGAGGGCUGAAGACAGAGUGACCAUUGACCUUUCUGCCCUAAGACCUUCUCUACCGGGUUUGGUUCUUUACAAAUAUGGCGAACUUGCACCUAAGCUAGUUCAGGUAGAUCUCUCGGCUCUUAACCCACAACUGAAACCACACGUCAUCUGGCCUCAGUUCAACCAGAUGGAUAUGUUUGACGAGAAGCCUUUCGACGACGUCGAUGCCAUUCCCUACUUGACAGAGGAGCAUACUUUGCUGAAUCCGCGUCGACUGGCCAAAAUGACUGAAUGGCUGGAUGAGUUCUCCCAUCCAUCCUCUGAUCAACUGCUUUCUUUACACCAAAGUCUACCCCUCGCAGAUGAGGUUAUCGUUCCAUUAGAUUGGGAAGAGAAAAAAGGCACGAAGAGAGCUCCAAUGAAAAGUCAUAACGGAAAUACAGGUGAAAGACUGAAUGUGCUGUUUACUCCAUCUGGAAUAGUAUCCAUGGACAGACACAAGAACCUAGAGAGGGAAGGUGUUCUGAGGAAGGUUCCCAGAAGAUCCUCCGCCAGUCGUUGGAAAUGAAACACUGUCUAUAGAAUCAUAAAAAAGCGCUGAUUAUUUUUUAACACUUAGUAACACUGACGAAAUAAAC